AUGUUUGACUGGGAAGACGGCGACCGCUUCUCCUUCGAGGACUCGGAGCGCUUCGAAGAGGACUCCCUGUGCUCGUGGAUGUCGGAGCCCGAGUCCGUCUGCAACAACUGGAGGGGUUGGAAGAAGUUUAACAGCUCUUCCAUUGCCUUCAACUACGCCAACACUUCCAACCAUUUGAUCCCGAAUUGCAAACACAAAGAUGACAAUCUGUUAUCACUGGUGGAACUGUCGGCCCAGACGGUGGCCUGUCAUAUACCCUUCGAGGUGGUGGAGCACGUAUCGCCUCCCGUUCCCGAACAGCUCCAGUUGAGGAUCGCCUUCUGGAGUUUCCCCGAGAAUGAAGAGGACAUCCGUCUCUACUCGUGUUUAGCCAAUGGAUCGGCCGAUGAGUUCCAGAGGGGAGAGAAUCUGCUGAAGGCUAAGGCCGUCAAAGAACUCUUGCAAAUCGGUUUUCAUUUGAGCGCAACGGUAACCCCUCCACAAUCGUUGGGCAUCUCUAAGGGCUCGUACAAUGUGGCCGUUACUUUCGACAGGAGGCGUAUCACGUCGUGCAACUGCACGUGUCCCGGACCCUCCUGGUGCUCGCAUGUAGUGUCCGUUUGUCUCUUUCGCAUCCAUCAGCCAACCCUAGUAUGUCUUCGCGCACCUGUAUCUGAAUCCCUGUCCCGUCUGCAUAGAGAUCAGUUGCAGAAGUUUGCUCAGUACCUGAUCAGCGAAUUGCCGCAACAAAUACUACCCACCGCUCAACGACUUCUCGAUGAGUUGCUGUCCAAUCAGUUGACGGCCAUAAACACGGUCUGCGGAGCGCCCGACCCAACAGCCGGCGCUUCAGCUCAAGAACAGACCAAAUGGUGUUUAGAUGAGAGUCAACUGCACGAGAAUAUCCGCAAAAUCCUGAUUAAGCUGUGCGUCCCGUCGCCCAUAGUGUUCAGUGACGUGAACUACUUGUCCUCAACGGCACCGCCAGCCGCUGCCGAGUGGUCGAGCCUAUUGAGGCCACUGCGGGGUCGGGAGCCGGAGGGCAUGUGGAACCUGCUGUCCAUUGUGAGGGAAAUGUUGCGCCGCAGCGACCGGAACGCCAUUCCGUUGCUCGAGAUUCUCACGGAAGAGGUGUUGGCGUGCGAUCAGAUCAUCCUCUGGUGGUUCAACACCAAAGUCCUACUCCACGCGGGAAUCAAUGGUCACGGAAACAGAUCUAGUAUUCACAGCAAUACACACGCCUCGCAACACGCGUGCAGUAGUCUGUGCGAUGAGGUGGUGGUGCUCUGGCGUCUUGUGGCUCUCAACCCCGCCCUCUCGCCAAACGACGCCAAACUGUUCUACAAUCAGCUGCACGACUGGCACCUCAAGACACUGGAACGGGUGCUCAAAAUGAAGUCCACCAUCAAUAAUGGCAACGGCGGUAAUGGCAUCAAGAAGUCGGACAUCGAUGUGUUUCCCGGGUUUAAGCCGGCAAUGGAAGGGUGUCUAAUGGAUUGGAGUGAUUAUCCCAUUCCCGGCAUUACUUAUUACGGCAUUCGCUCCAACCGAUGGUAUACGCCUCCAGUGCACGCCUCCACUCACUCCGGACUCAUCUCAUGCCAGGCGACCACAACUGACGGUCUGAAUGCCGUCAAGAAUUUGUCGCGAAGGGGCCGAUCCGUAGAGAUCGGACAGACAUCCGCCCCGUCGCCCAACCAUUUAAGCGAACCGAAAGCCACGCCAUCGUCAUCGUCGUCAUUGCAACCGACGCCAUCGACCUCUAAGAUAACUCAACCCAUGAUUCAUUCGCCGCAUUUGAUCUCAUCUAUGAGUGCGAAGAGUGGGAAACUGAAUGAAUCGAAUCGCAGUUCUUUGAGUAGCGAAGGCUUCUGUGAGACAGAGAACGAAACAUUCGAUGAGCCGAUGGUUGCCAUCGAAGCCAAGCUGUCGGUCGACGAGAACAGAGCCCUCCGGACGGCAGUCGCAGUCUUGAGGGACAGCAGUAGUGACAGCACUGAUAUGAUUGCCGACGAGAAUGGAAGCGAUUUGAGCGCCGAGAGUAACGCCAACCCAUUGGACGCCAACAGUAAUGCCGUGAAUACUGGCGCCGCUGUUGCCGACAAAAGCAGAGAUUUAAAUGAAUUCGAGUUAUAUUAUUACGGCUCGAAAGCCAACGACAGUAAGAAUGGUAACGAGCCCUCACUGGCCGUGAAACUACAGGCGCUCAAGUCGUCGGCGAUACUGAAAGCGAACGACAGCGACGACAACAUUACGGUUGCCGUCAAGAAGAUCGAAGACCCCAUUGAGAUACUGUUCGCCAGAGCGGAGGCACUUCACGCCCACGGAAGGACUUUGGAGGCGUGCCAUCUGGCCGUCAAACUGGCCGAAGAGCUGCUGUCGAAUCCGCCGAACCUAUUGGUCGACACUCCGAGCCCACCCGCCAGAGGAAAACGGAACCGUCGCUUCAAUCCGGUCUGCCAUCAGGUGAGUCUACUGGCGUCGGCCACGCUCUCGAAGGCUGCCUUCCUGUGCUCUGUGUUGGGCGAGAACUCCGACUACCACUACCUGGCCUUCCGGGUGGGUCUGUUUGGUCUGGAGAUAGCGCGCCCGCCCGCCUCCACCAAAGCCCUGGAAGUGAAGCUCGCGAAUCAGGAACAGGAUUUAGUGGUUCUCCUUAAACGCAUCCCAUUGUCGCACAAAAUGAUGCAAAUUGUGAGGGAAAAGGCCGAACAGUUGAGGGACGGCCUGUUGACCACCAGAGGCGAGGCUCUGUUGCCUCUAAUGCUGGCCUCAUAUAUAUUCGACGCAUUGGUGUUGUCCUCCAAUCAAAACCAAAUGCGAUCUAAUAUUGUAAACAACGUUAAGAUACCGACCGAUGAAAGGCUGGGUUUUGAGGCAGGGGUGGCCGCACUCGGACUCAAAGCCAACGUCUCGGAGGCCGAGCACCCACUGCUCUGCGAGGGAACCCGUCGCCAGAGGGGAGAACUGGUGCUCACACUCUUAGUGCACUAUAAGGACGACCAGCAAAAGUUGCAUAAAAUUAUGGACAAACUUCUGGACAAAGAAGUUCACCAAAUGUACAGAACAUCUGCCGACAGUUUCGGCAGCAACUCAUCCAAUAGCAACGCGAGCGCCACUACCGGUGCCUCCACUCCGACGACCACACCUUCAAAGAGUUGUCCACAAGAAGUGAUUAACACUAAGGAGACCGAAGAUAACGAGUCGAACACAACGUCCAGUGGUUUCGCCUCCAAUGAGACGAGCAGUUCGUUACAGAGCUCUUCGCCGACCGAAGCGAACCGCGACUCGACUUCUCGUGACUUCAAGAUCCCGACGAAGACGACUAAAUGUGAUACCGAACGGACAGACGACGCCUCCAGUCCCUGUUGGGACGAGGACUACAAGGCAUGGGAGGCGCGCUUCCGAUGCACUAACUUUAGGACUAAUAAAAAGCAUUCGGUAGGGAUGGCCAGCAUAGACAGCAGUGCACCGGAAACCACGUCCAGUGAUAACUCGCCGACAGUCGUGCGCCGGUCGAUGUGGAUUAGACCGGGAGGACCGGGCAGUGAUAGCGGCAGUAGUGGUGAGAGCAGUGACUCCUUCUCGUCGAGCUCUUCGGGCGACAAAGGCGUCCGCAAUAAGCCCCGGGAUGUCGAGAGUCCUAAAGUGAAUGCUGUGGCCCAGAGAUUAGCCACCGUUUGCACGACAACCGACCCGACCGUUGUGUCCAACUCGCGCGCCACAGCCGCCGGUGUCGCUAACCCUCCGCCAGCCAAUGCCGGUGUGGGCAGCACUACAUCCCCGUCCACCACUUGCUGUAAUACCACACCACUCGUGAUGAACGGCUCACCACUCGUGUCGGCCAACGCCACUAUGAAACCCAUUCGCUUCAAAGGGAAGCGCGCCUACCCUUCCAUACCAAACCAGCCGUCGGAAGCGUCGGCGCACUUCAUGUUCGAGUUGGCGAAGACAGUGCUCGUGAAGGCCGGCGGCAACAGUACGACAGCCGUACUCUUCACGCAACCAUCGGCUACACAGAACUGUCGCGGACCGCACCGGUCGCUACAUAUGUGCGCCUUUCAAAUCGGUGUUUACGCUCUGGGGCUCCACAACACUGUGUCGCCCAACUGGUUGUCCCGCACCUACUCGUCGCACGUGUCCUGGAUCACCGGUCAGGCCAUGGAGAUCGGCAACUCCGCCAUCAACUUCCUGAUUGAGACCUGGGAGGGACACCUGACUCCGCCCGAAGUGGCCUCACUGGCCGACAGGGCGUCCAGGGGUCGGGAGCCCACGAUGGUUAGGGCGGCCGCAGAACUGGCCCUCUCAUGCCUACCCCACGCACACGCACUCAACCCCAAUGAGAUUCAAAGGGCGCUCAUCCAGUGUAAGGAACAGAGCAAUGAGAUGCUGGAGAGAGCGUGUUUGGCCGUGGAGUCGGCCGCAAAGGGUGGGGGCGUAUACCCGGAGGUGCUGUUUGAAGUGGCGAGAAAGUGGUACGAGUUAUACGAGGAAAGCCUACAGGAAAGGGGUAGGAAUGCACUGCAAAGGCAUUCGCAUCGCAAUAACGCUUCGGUCGACGCCUCCAACAAUGCGGUCAACAAUGAGAGACAGGCGGUGGUCGUGAACGCCAUUAACCCGAACCCCGGCCUCUGUAUGGCCGACCAGAACCACGUGAUGCUCCAAAACGAUCGACAGCCCCAAUACGACCCCAUUAUGGCCGGUGCCCCUCAACAGGCAAACAUAAUGCCAGUUCAGGCGCCGUCAGUGACCACUCAAUCGGUUCCCCUGCAAGUGAUGCCAUCGCUGUCGUGCGGACCCACCGGUCCCUUCGCAUUACCUCCCCAUCCGAACAGCGCUUUUCCAUUCGGUUAUUACCAAAGUUUGGCGCCAUUUCCGCAACCGAUGCAACCGUUUCAAUACAUCUCAUCGGCGCCUACAUGUCCUCCAUAUCCCUACCAAUUCUAUCCGAAUCCGGUGACCACAACCGCCGGGCCAUUACCCCAUUUGCGGAGUGUUAUGACACCCGUUCUGUUCCAAAACCAGCCGUUAAUGCCUUCCGUAAGCGUCGCCCAAAGUGGUCCACAGCAGCAGCAGUUCCCGCGACCGCAUAUCAUCACAAUCGCCACAACCGCCGGAUCUCAUCCGCAACAGACAAUACACAUGAACUCAGUUCAGUCGCUGUCCGCUCAACCGCACCAACAGUUACAACAACUCAAUCAAAGACAAUUGGGAUACUUAUUGUCGGCCUAUAGGGUGGGAAUGCUGGCCAUGGAGACACUGGCGCGCAGAGUACACGACGACAGGCCACAGGCCAAGUACGCCAAGAACCCAUCGUAUGGUGAAGACGUCAAAUGGCUCUUAAAUGUGGCCAAAAAACUCGGAACGUCAUAUCUGCAGGACUUCUGCAUCUGUACUGUCAAUAGCGUGGCGUCGCCUUUCGUAUUGCAUGAGAUCGUGUUAGACACCGCACAAUACCUGACCCACUCGGCCACUCCCGGCAUCGCUCAUCCCAUUCGCUCACAUCUGUUGACUCCAUUAAUACAGAAAUGCCAACAAAUGUUCAUAGCGUGUACGCACUUCAAGAUGUAUCACAUCACGUCCGCGGAUUACGAGGAGUUUGUGAUUAUAAUACGGGCGGCGCGGGCGGCCUUCCAGCUGACACCGGGCGGUAACAUCCAGUUCAACGAACUGUUGCAAAGUCUGCGUCGGUCUAAGUCCUGCAAAAAGGAUCUCUGGCAACACAUCGCCAAUUCCCUACAGGCAGGCAUUUGAUGUAUGCCUGGGUUUAGCUGUUAAUU